AUGUCGGGGAGGACGGGGCAGCCCCGCCGCGCGGGCGUAGGGGGUGUGCGGGCUGGUCGGGAGCGCGGCCGGGCCUGCGCGCCGGGGGAAGGUGCAUGCACACGGGGCAGCGCGGGCGCCGCGGAUUCGGGUCCUGGCGGAGCGGGGACGCGCCCGAGCCCACACAAUAUUUGCAAACAGCGAACUGACUGCAAACGUAACCCCUGCAAAACUUCCCUAUUCAAGCUCGCUGCCAGCCCACCCCCCACGCCCCACGUGAUGCGCCGCGCCCGCCCCGCGCACCGCCCAAUCACGCCGCGCCCGGCCCGGGGGCCGCGCGCCGAUGAUGUCAGCUGCUGCCAAUGGUGGACGGCGGCUCACCGCGGCCCCGCCUGGCGUGACCGAGCCUCUCCAUCACGGGCCUUGCCAUUGGCGCAAUUCGAACUCCAGGCUGUCCUGAUUGGAGAGCCAUCUCGCAGGCUAUUUUUAGCAGGGUAUAUAAGGCGCUGGCCGCCGCGAGCUGGAGGAGUCGGCGCUGUGAGAUGUGCGGCCGAGCGGCUCAGUUCGCUGGUCGCCGGUGGGGAGCGGGGCUUUCUGUCCGCUGUCCGUCUGCCGGCGUGCUGCCCCGGCCCCGGCCCCGGUCACCGCGGCGCUGGACCCAGCUCCAUCCUGUCCCACGGACCCAUCCCCGGUGCCCGGUUCCUUUCUUGUCCCCUGGAACCCCACCUGGUCACCAAGUCCCUGGACCUGUUUCCCGGACCCGGCUCCAUCCCUGUCCCCCGGAUCUGGGCCCCGGUCACUGCGGUCCCGGACCCGUGUCCCGGACCUCGGCCGCAACCCUGGACCCCGCGUGCCCGGCUGCGGACCUGUGCUGCGGUCACCCCAGGCCAGCAGUCCUUGUCCCUGUCCAGGCCCGGGCCCCGUCUCCGCCUCCCCGCCAAGGUCACAUAGUCAAUCAGAGGCAAAGUUGAGCCCAAAGGAGCCACCUUUCCCAGCCCCCAAUUGAAGAUUCUUGCUCCCUGACCAGCCUUACACUCCCAGCCACGAAGAGAGAAUUCUAAAGUCCAAUUGCACCAGAGACAAAAGAAACUUGGGAGUUUCACAAAUACAUUGUGCUUGACUCUGAUGUUUCCUUUUGAGAAGCAAUGCCCAUGCCGUGCCUGCCCAAAGAAUUCUGUUUUCCAGGAAGCGUAUACAGAACUUGAAGGCAGGAAGAGCUGGCAGCCUCAGAAGAGACUGGAACUGGACCUGAGAAGACAUCUGGAGCCUGGUGGAGUUCCUUCCUCAGAGGCCACAGCGUUCACAAACAUGCCCUUUUCAGGAGCCCAGUUACCGCUGACCUGGGACACUCCCACCCCUUUUAAUGGUUAUUUGGAGCUUCAGUUCAAGGAGCUCUGCUUUGAUCCAUAUAGGUAUGUGCACAUGCAUGCACGCAUGUGUAUGCACAUGUGUGCACACUGGAUUUCUAAGUUAAAGUUUAUUUGAUUGGCUAUGGAUGCUUAUUUGAUGAUCUCACAGUGACACGUGGCUUUAGCAGAUUAUCUCCCCACUGUGACAUGGGGAUGUGUGCCUCCAGUCUGGUUCACUGAACUUACCUCUAGGACAAGGUCAUGCUCAGCCUGUGAUCAUCACUUCCUUUCUCUAAUCUUGAUGCCGUUUCAUUCCAUGUAUGUAUCUUGUUAUAAAGCAUAUGUUUUAAUUUUAGAUUUUCUUUGAACUUAAUAAAAAGGGUAUCAAGUUGUACGUAA